GUACUCCACGAACCCCCAAAACCAAAACGGUGUCCCUAUUCAGAGAAUCCACGAGCUUUUACACUCAGACUCGGGUUUUCUGACAGAGAAAAAACCGUAUGCGUACGUACUCAGAUCGUAUAUUAUACGCAACGGAAGGGGAACGUGUCCGAUACCAGACUGACAAAGUGACAGUUAUAGAAACCUAGGGUUUCCGUUAGCAUCUCUCUCUCCUUAAAUCCAAUGCCCUAGCUAGGGUAUGUGUUUCUGUCACUGGAAAAUCUUUCGAUCUGCAUAUCAGCAAUGGGGCGAUCUCGUGUAGUUCAUAGCUCUUCUGCAGCAGACGAUGAUCCAAAUCAAAGAACAAAGAGGAGAAGGGUUCCUAACAGUGGAGAGAAUUUAGAGACACUAUCAACAGGUCAAGGAACAAAUGACGGCAAAAGGGCUUUGUAUCACUGCAAUUACUGCAACAAGGACAUCUCUGGGAAGAUACGUAUUAAGUGUGCAAAAUGUCCUGAUUUCGACCUGUGUGUGGAGUGCUUUUCAGUGGGAGCUGAAGUUACACCUCAUAAAAGUAUUCACCAUUAUAGGGUUAUGGACAGCUUGUCUUUCCCUCUAAUUUCUCCUGAUUGGUAUGCAGAUGAAGAGAUACUGCUUCUAGAGGGAAUUGAAAUGUAUGGUUUGGGGAACUGGGCAGAAGUUGCCGAGCAUGUUGGCACCAAGAGCAAGGCACAGUGCAUUGAUCACUAUACAACAGCAUAUCUGAACUCCCCUUGUUAUCCUCUUCCGGACAUGUCUCACGUUGUUGGGAAGAAUAGAAAGGAGCUUCUUGCUAUGGCUAAAGUUGGUGAACUCAAGAAAGGAUUUCUUGGGGCUGGGGAGAUCACACCAAAGGAAGAUUCUCCAUUCUCUCCUUCAAGGGUCAAGAUCGAAGAACCUCCAACUUUGCGAUCUCCGUCCAGCUUAACUGCAGAUGGAGAUUCUGGAGAGUCCAAGAUGAGUGGGGUUGGUUGUAGCAGCACGAAUAUGGCAUCAGCAGGUGCAGGUAAAAAGGUAUCAAACAUGGUGCAGUUCAAGGAUGGACCAGAUGGGAUCAAAGUGGAAGGCGUGACAUCAGCUGAAGCAGAUACUCAAGUAGACCGGAGUGUGGGAGGAAAAAAACCUAAAUAUACUGGAGAUGAAGGGCCUUCCAUGACUGAGUUGAGCGGCUAUAACCCCAAGAGGCAAGAGUUCGAUCCUGAAUACGAUAACGAUGCUGAGCAGAUGCUAGCAGAGAUGGAGUUCAAGGAUACUGAUCCUGAAGCUGAGCGUGAACUGAAGUUGCGAGUGUUGCGUAUUUAUUCAUCAAGGCUUGAUGAGAGGAAACGGAGAAAGGAUUUUGUAUUGGAGAGGAAUUUACUUUAUCCUAAUCCUAUUGAGAAGGACCUUUCAGGUGAAGAAAGGGAGAUAUAUAAUCAUUGUAAGGUUUUCAUGCGUUUUCAUUCUCAAGAAGAGCAUGAGGCCUUGGUUAAGGGUCUUAUUGAGGAGCACAGGCUUCGGAAAAAAAUUCAAGAACUUCAGGAAGCUCGGUCAGCUGGCUGUCGCACAAGGGCUGAAGCAGAGGUGUUUCUGGCACAGAAGAAAAAAAGAGAUGCUGAAGCUAGUGCACGUAAAGCGAAGGAAACUGGCCAGCCAGUUGGAAACGGUAAAGUACUGCAAAAGGCCAACCGUCUGGUAAAAGGAGAAUCCGAAGGCAGCCCACGUAGUACCAUUGAUAACCAUAAGAUGAAGGGUUCCACAGGACUGGAGUCUGGUGGCAAGGAUUCAUCUUCAACCACUACAGGGGCCAUUACUAAAUCAUUAGAUGAGUGGGAUAUCACAGGACUUCCUGGAGCUGAUCUGCUGUCUGAAACCGAACAACAGCUGUGCUGCCAGAACAGAUUAUUACCUUCUCACUACCUUAAAAUACUCGAGGUCUUGUCACUGCAGACGCUCAAUGGCAACAUCUCCAAGAGAUCGGACGCAUAUCGCUUCUUCAAGGUUGAUCCGGUCAAGGUUGACCGUGUUUACGACAUGGCAAUAAAGAAGGGGUUGGUCCCACGCGACGAAGCCCCUAUAGUUUGAUUCAUCUAUUAAGUAGAUGUAAUGGCUUUUUAAGCUAAAUAAUCAGUUUUUAUAAACAUUAUAGAAGAAUAAUCUGGUCCA